ACGCGGGCAGUCCGGCUGGUUCAUGUGCAUUGAGACUAGCAGCCCACCACAGCCAGUACCUCUUACUAUCGGUUGCAUGCCGGUUUACUUCGUUGGAACUGGCGAAUCCCACUUUGAAACCCUUCCUCGCACCCCUCAUCCAAAUCAUCGGAUGCUGGACCCAUAUCCCGCUCAUUUUCGCUGGCCAGAAAGGCAAUUCCCAUCAAAGGAACAAAGAAUUGCCAUGUUAGUCGCUCUGGCACCACUCGCAGAUGUGCGAGCGAUUAUCUAUCUCCCCAACUGGACAAUUGUGGAACUGGCACACGGGGAUGGCCGCAAAUAUGAUCCAAUGUUACUGCCGGGGGUUGUCGCAGGUCGGACGACCCUAUACCACCAUGAAGCAGAGCCAUUUUACAAGGCGAUGAAAGAUAACAGCCGAGUGCGAGCGAUAGAUCCUAUGGAUGCCAGUCGACCUCUGCCCCAAGAUGACUCUAAUUAUCUGAGAAAAUCGUUUCUUACACCAGGUUGUCGAUUGGAUUUGCGAAUUUCGCGACAACUUCGGUGGCACGCCAUGGUUUCUUACUCUCAAAGGAGGUAUAUCAUUGAUCCGCGUGCGAGUGGAGAUAAAGUCGGGGAUGUUUUCGACACACUGCCCGAACUCGACAUAUCACUCGUCAGCCUCACACCAGCAGCUUUAGAUAGUUAUAGAAACACUUCAUACUUUCAAGCAGAAACCCCACGUUUUAUAUAUGAAGGUGAACAGAUCAUGCAGGGCUCAUGGAGCGAGCUUGAUGGAAUGAGCUCAGGUCUUAUCAGCGUGAUGGCAUAUGGGCUUCUUGAUAUGGAGCCGGUGCGCCCCCCUGGCCAUCCACCAAUCGAUUUCAGAAACUGGCGAGCCUCUAUUGUUAGUUCCAUAUUCGGUGUUAUCAAUGGCCCUAUUUUGGAGGGUAUCUAUAGUGCACCUAUUGUUAAUUAUGAUACAGGCGGAGUCGGCGGCUUCUUUCAUUUAUUCGAUGGAUACAAUUGUUUGACCGCACACCUAGAUGAUUUGGUUGCUAAAGGAUGGCAAAUGGUCUAG